AUGCCUUCCUCCUCCAAAAAGGCUGUCAAAAGCCGAUCAAAAGUAGUACAGCAACCUGAAUCCUCCGAUUCCGAAGAAUACGACAGCGAUAAUGGGGGUGUGGAUGAGAAAGGCAUGGAGAGGCUGAUGAGUGCAUUGGGCGACGAUGGACUGGAUGAAUUUGAUCGCGCUCAGCUCGGGUUGGUUGCUGGGAGUGACUCGGAGGAUGAAGAUAAUGGCGCCGGGUCUGAGAUUGAAGAGGAAGACGGGGAAGAUUCUGAAGAAGAGGUUGGAGAUGAAGAGGAGGGUGAGCAGGGUGCAGGUGUUAGUGACGAAGACAUGGAUAAGGCAGGGGGUUCUUCUGAUGGGGAGGAGGCAGGCGCUAGUGUAGCCGACGAUGAAGACGAGGAAAUAGCCUUGGACGAACUCGACGGUGGCGAACUAGACGAGGAUGUAGUCCCGAAACAAAAAGUCGAAAUCGACGACACGGUGGCAAUGGCACGCAUACGGGAAACUAUUCAACUUGAUCCCCAAAUGUCCUGGACGGAGACUCUGGUUCUGAGUUACCCAGAAACGAUUGACGUCGAUGUUUCUGACGAUCUUAAUAGAGAGCUUGCAUUUUACAAACAGGCCCUACACGGCGCUAACACUGCCCGUUCUCUGGCUGCAAAACACAACCUCCCCUUUACACGCCCAUCGGACUACUUCGCAGAGAUGGUGAAGUCUGAUUCUCAUAUGGAACGAAUAAGGCAACACAUGCUGGACGAGGGCGCUGGCAUCAAAAAGAGUGAAGAGAAGAGACGCGAGCGGGAAGGGAAGAAGUUCGGUAAACAGGUUCAGAUCGAGAAACUCAAAGAAAGAGAGAGGGGACGCAAGGAAAUGGAUGAGAGGCUGAAAGGGCUCAAGAGAAAACGUGGUGACAUGUUGGACAAACCUGCGGACGACGAUGGCUUCGACGUCGCCGUAGAAGACGCCAUCUCAGACCGACCAUCCAAACGUGGCAAAGGCCCAGUAUCACGAAAAUCUCGGGACCAAAAAUUCGGUUUUGGCGGCGCUGAUAGGCGAAGCAAGCAAAACACCCGGGAGUCAACUGACAGUUUUGUAUCUGGUUCUCGACGAAAGGGCAAAGGACCACGAGGUCCGGGGCCAAAAGGGUCAGGCUCAAAACGCAGCUCAGGAGGAAACAAGCGGCCAGGUAAAAGCAAACGGAUGGCUUCACGCAGUAAAUAG